AUUUAACAUAAAAUUAAUGCUUGCUACAAACUAUGCUACAUGAUAUUCGAACAGUUUUUUCUUUUUAGAUCAUAUAAAUUAAAGCUAAUUUUAAAAAACGAUUUUACAGUUAAUUUACAUUCAGAUUGUCUAAUACCUCUUUUUCGAAUUCCUCAGACUCAAGGCGGACUACUUCAAUUUCGUUGAACACACUAUCAAAGGAAAUCCAAGCCUGCUUCGUAUUGGAAUCCCCGCGGUGACUAACAAACUUUUCCGCUGCCUGCCAAAAGUUGCAAUGGAAAAACGUGACAACCGAGACUGGGAAUUCAUUCUAUUAAUUAUAUUGAAUAUAAACGCGUCCGCAAACGUCGUGUAAUCACUAUCCUUUGCGGGGAGAUACACUUCGUUUUAUCAAAUGCCGAUUGCAUCAUUAUCAACUUGUGUGUUUCCUGUGGUAUUUCAGUCUAGUAACCAGACUGAGUGCGAACUGUAACCGGUGAUUGAAGUGAUCUGUAAUUUCUAAUUGUUCAUGGCCGAAUAGUUGUUCAUCGGCCUUCGUUUCGGCAAGGUGCCAGUGAAAAAGACGGACCAAUGAACUCUCAUAACCGAGUUGUGGCCGAUUGAUUUAAAAGUAACACUGAGAAAACUCACAAAAAUGAAGUGUGUUUGGUGUUGUUUCCAGACAGUUAUGAUUCUAGUGGUCUGUCAUGCGAGUUCUGGGCAAGAAAAAGAAACAGUGAGUGACGUACAAGUGAGACUGCCUAAGUGUUGUGAGAUCAACGAAACUUUUGACGUAGAUAAUAAAACUUGUUCUCGAACAACAGAAACAGUGAACUAUGAACAUUUUUAUUUCGACACUAACCAGACCCAUAUUGGAGUAAAUCGAACCAAAUUUACUCCAACAUUUUUCAAACGAAGUUGGUUCUGCCCGAAGGGAGGUACAACUGAUUUAUUUUUCAGGUUUGUCGACAAAUUUGAGCAUAUUCUUGGAAUCACCUCCAACGCUUCCCUCAUUGAACACUCCAAUGGCAAGCCAGUGCUUCCCUUCAUUUCUUCUGAAGAAUACUGUGCAUCUGAAUCUAAUGGGAAAAUAGCUUUUUUUGUAUGCUUAUCUGGGGAGAAUGUGAACACUGCCGAAGUGAUUUUCGUUUAUCUUCCUUUUCUCAUUUUAUCCACAGUGUGUUACUUUUGCUCUGCUAUGAUUUACUGGUUCAUACUUAAGGUGAAAGAAAUACACAAGAAGUGCUUCAUUGGAUAUGCACUUUCUAUGGGUGUCACAUUUUCAUUUUUGGUGACUUUUCAAACAAUGAACGGAGAUACAGGAUGCGAGGCUGUAGGUGGAUUAUUUUCCUUCUCGAUUAUAACGGCAUUUAGCUGGCUAACAUGCCAAUGCUUUGAGAUUAUGAUCAUGGUGAGGAGAUUCAGAGAAGAAUCUAAUGAUGACCGGUUUCGUUUUUACAUAGCUGCUACAUUGAUAAUACCCAUACUAAUUUUGCUGAUAUCUCUCAUACCCACGGGAGAGCCAGAUCUCCCAGAUCCAUUUAUAAAAUCAAAUGGAAAUCAGAUGUGCAAUUUUGAGGGUGCAAACGUGCUAUUCUUCUUCAUAGUAGUUGGAACUUUAUUGAUAUGUUGUCUCCUUUUUUUGAUGUACAACUUUUACCAAGUGAAUCGAAACGAAACAAAAUUUCGGAACAACUUCAACUGGUUAGAAAAAAGAAGCCAAUUUAUGUACAUAUCUCGUUCCUGCUUUUUAAUUUGGUUGACAUCGACCAUCUGGAUAGUGGAUAUAAUUAUAAGAGAAACAGGUUGGUUUUUUGGAAAUCCUGAUGUUUGCGACGUCAUAGAAUCUCUCCAAGGAAUAUUCACAGUGGCGAUUUUCGUAACGAACAGAUAUACGAGAAAAGAAAUUUGGGCGAAACUCACCAGUGAUUCCAGCGCCACAUCCGAACAUCGCAAGCGCCUUGGAACUUUCAACUGGAUUAUGAGUCAUUUGUCUUUGAAAAAUAAAAGUUCUCCUGAGAAUCCAGAGGAAGAACGUGUCAGUGUGGAUAAAUGAAUGUCAAAAGUUUUAGGAUUUGAAUGAAUAUUAUUUGGUACUCAAUUUGAACCAAACAUAAAAGAUACUUUUCUGUCCUUGGUUCUUCUCAUGCAGGAUAUCGUCGAUGACGUAGAAGAUCGGAGAUAUAGGUUUUUCCUAUAAAGGAGUUUUUGAAAGACAUUCGAAAUAAUUUAUUGUUUUUUCAAUUCAUGCAGAUUUUCAUGUGUUAGCAUGUGCUUCAUCCCAUCUUUUCAUGUCGCACUUUCCGGUAUUAUUUUCCUUGAUAUACCCGCCACUACCUAUAAAUAUUAUCACACAAUAUCUGCAUGAGUAUCAAGUAAAUAAUUUUGUUUUUCUUUCGUUAUUACACAGACUGAAUCAUGAAAAGAAUGAUUUCUGGGGAUGAUUAGCAUAUUUUUCAAAAAGAAGUUCAUAAAAGUGUGUAAGCCCUAAGUUGCUCCAUUUUCAGAAAAAGUUCAAAUUUCAGUUGAUACAAUAACCGAAAAUUUUCAAGUGAUAAGUCAGAAAAGAAAGAAAUAAAAUAUCAUAAAUACAAAACACUUAAUUAGUCAUUAGUUAUUUCUAAAAUAAUAUGAAAAAAACUUGUCAAAUUUUGCAAUAGUUUCCAGUAUAUUGUAUAAUAAUGUCAUUAGGAGCAACUUUUUGCCAUGUCAGCUGGAUUCAAGUAGAAUAUUUGAAUAAAUUGAAAAGGUAAUAUUUUUAGGAGUAACUAAUUUUUGGAAAAGAAAGUUUUUGGC